GUAUACGAUAUUCCGUCAAAAAAACGGCUCGAACGCUGAAGAAGCUGCCAAAUGAAAGAAGAUUGGUGUUGCUGUGAAACCUGACAUGAUUCUCAAGGAAUCUUGGAUCAUCCCAUAAAUGUAUGACAAGAAACUUCAAUUUUUUGUAUCGUUGACAUAUUGUAUUCAAUAUCCAAAACUGAUAUGAGCAUAGAUGAGAAGCUUCAGAAACACUUAACAUCUUUCGAAAUGUAUUUGAAGAAGGCCAAAAGAGAGUUCGAAGCAAGAAUAAAAGAAGAAUUGAAAGAAAACGCUAGUUUGGAAGAUUUCAAACUCAUGAAAACACUUGGUACGGGCUCUUUCGGUAGGGUGGUUUUGUGCCAGUACAAGGAUUCUGUUAAAAAAUUAUUGGCUAUGAAAAUUAUGGAGAAAGUUAAUAUAAUAAGGACUAAGCAGCUUGUGCAUACUAUUUCGGAAAUUAGAUUUUUAGAUGCCCUUAAAUUUCCAUUUGUGAUACAGAUGGAGUACUUCUUCAAAAACAAUGUUUAUUUAUUCCUGGUCAUGCCUUUCAUCAACGGAGGUGAAAUGUUUUACCAUUUGCGGAGCAACAAGAAGUUUGACGAGAAUUUGUGCAAGUUCUACACUGCUCAAGUGAUUUUAUCUUUUGAAUACAUACACUAUUUGGGCAUAGUAUAUAGGGAUCUGAAACCUGAAAAUAUCCUAAUAGACGAUGAAGGAUAUUUGAAAAUAACGGAUUUGGGUUUUUGCAAAAAAAUCGAUAACCAAAGGACAUACACGCUAUGUGGUACUCCAGAAUAUUUGGCCCCGGAGAUAAUCCUCAGUCAGGGAUACACGUUCACUGUUGAUUGGUGGUCAUUAGGUAUUUUGAUAUACGAGAUGGCCGCGGGCUUUCCUCCAUUUUUCGCAAGAGAUCACAUGAAACUUUAUGAGAAAAUUGUAGCUGGGAAAUUUGCAUGUCCACCACAUUUUUCAAAACCUCUUAAAGAUUUGAUGGUGAAUAUUCUUCAAGUGGAUCGAAGCAAAAGGUACGGUGGGCUUAAAGGGGGAUCAAAAGACAUCAAGAGCCAUGAGUGGCUCAAAGGUACGGAUUUUGACCAAAUUUUCAGCAGAAAAGUGAAACCCAGUUUUGUACCAGUAUUAGACAACCAGGGAGAUACAAAGUUUUUCGAUUCUUAUGGAGAAACUCAUAUUCGAGAAGCGUCUUUCAACGAAUAUGAAGAGGAGUUCAAAGAUAUGUCACUCAAGUGACACUUACUUUUAUUGUGAUAUUUGGCGUACCGUUUAUAUUAUUUUAGAACUUUAAAACUGUUAUAAAUAGCCACUUACUUAUUAUAUUUUACGUAAAGGAAAUCGUGCAAUUCUA